AUGCAACUGUCAACGAUUCUUGGGAUUUUCGCGCACUGGGCGCUCGUCGCCAUUGUGUUGACGUUGUGCAAAGGCAAGAAGAAGGCGGAAAAGAGCGGAGCCACUGGUGGAGCAUCGGCGAUGGGAGCGCCGAAGACAGGGGAGGGCUCGAAGAUGGGCGCGGCAACUGGCGGACAAUCGAAAAUGGGCGGCACGAAUUCGAAGAAGAGCAAGAAGGAGAAGACGGAAGAGAAGAAGGAGGAUGAGAAGAAGGAUGAGGAGAAGAAGGAGAAGACCGAGGAGAAGAAGGAGGAUGAGAAGAAGGAUGAGGAGAAGAAGGAUGAGAAGAAGGAGAAGAGCGAGGAGAAGAAGGAGACGAGCAAGAAGAGCGACAAGAAGGAGAAGAGCAAGAAGGAUGAGAAGAAGGACGACGAGGAGAAGAAGGACGACGAGGAGAAGAAGGAGGAUGAGAAGAAGGAGGAAGAGAAGAAAGAGGAGAAGAAGGAGGAAGAGAAGAAGGAAGAGAAGAAGGAGGAGAAGAAGGAGGAGAAGAAGGAAGAGAAGAAGGAGGAGAAGAAGGAAAAGAGUGAGGAAAAGAAGGAGGAAAAGAAGGAGGAGAAGAAAGAGGAGAAGAAGGAUGAUGGAGGAGUCAAACCUUAUCUCGAGCCAACCCCUAACGUCCUUGAAUUUGAUGUUAAAGCUGAUUCACAGCGCAAACUCACUCUUAAGAACAAUUUUGACAAGAAGGUUAUGUUCAAGUGCAAAACAUCGGACAAUAACAUCUUUUUAGUCAAUCCUGUAUUUGGAGCCAUUGAGCCUGGAAAAACCGUUGACAUCGCUGUCACUCGUAAAGCGGCGCCGAAUAAGGAUGACAAGAUAUCCGUUGUCAACACCGAGUUCACCGGCGACGCAAACAACAUUCUGGCGACAUUCAAGACGUGCAAAGUGACCGGCGUACCGCUCAAUGUCAAAUUGACCGCGAAAUGA